UCUUGAAAGCAAACACAUUAAAAAUUCAGAGUUUACAUAAAAUUCCCCAUUAACAGUAACAAAAUUUUGUAUAAAAAACACAAGUGCAUAUCAAAAUUGUACCGCAGAUUAGACCGCCCAUAAAGACUCACAAUCCUAAACAGUUGAUAGAUGGCAGGGAAGGCAACGCGCCUGGAGCAGGAGAUACUCGUGCUGCGCCGUGAGCUGGCCAAGCGCGGAGAUCGCGAAGAUACGCGCAAGUCGCCCAAAGGCGCUGGAGAUGUACCCAAGUUGGGUGCUGUAGAAGCUAAGAAGACUGUGCGCUCGCAGCAAGAUCAGGAGCUAUACAUUGCUUAUUUGGAGGAUCAGAUUCAUCGCACACGCAUAAAGUAUCAAAAGAAAAUGAACCAUGUGAAGAGCAAUGCCAAUCUGCUGGAGAUUGAACUGCAAAAGGUGCGACAGGAGAUGAAGUGCAUAACGGUGCGCGCACAGAAUGUGGACAAGUUGCAACGUCAUGUGGAUGACCUAAAGGCGAAACUGAAGCGACGCGAUAUGGUCAUAGCACGCUAUGAUGCGCAGCAUGCAGAGAUUAUGGAUAUGGUAAGGCGGCUGGAGGAGCAGUCUUCAUCACCAACACAAACGCAGGAAAUGGAGCAGGAGACAAUGACUGCGGAUAAUGCGCCGCAGGCUGACGCCAGCUCCGAUCACAAAGAAUAUGAAGACAGCCUAGGCGGCAUUUCAGAGCAUUUCAACUUUAGCUGCCUUAAUCGUGCUCUUCGUAAAAAAUUCUGGAACAAGGCCGAGAAAUCUGCCUAAGUAGUAGACAUCCUCACUUAUCCUCUCCACCUUCGUCACUUGCAAGUUCUUUGGGAAUUUUCGAUAUUUUAGUUUGUUUAACAAUUUUGUAAUUUGAGGAUUUUUAGUAUUAGUAAAUUGGCAACCGCUCCGCUGGAUCAUCUAACCUAUGUACAACAAAUCAAUGGCUCCAAUGGGCUACCAAAUUACACAUAAGUAGUGUCUUCACAUAAUAGCUCGCUGGAUUAUAUUGUAUGUGUCUGUACAUAUGUUGUAUCAUUCAUUAAAGCUUCUUGCAUUGGCAAACAAAAAAGGAACUUGCCUCAGCGAA